AUGGGACGCAAAGAUGUCAACUGCGUCUUGGCGCUGCUCCUAGGUCUGGGUGGCCUGACGGCAGGCUUGCCUCCUACCAUAGCCAGGCCUUUCAGCCUGUCUCAACCUUGUAGACUUCUCGCUGAGAGCGGUUUGAAAGACCAGUUGUUCUUUGCUGGCGACGUAGAGUACUCAAAGACUCUCAAUACCUACUAUGCUGGCGAGAGUAGGAAUAUGAGACCGCAGUGCAUCGUGAAGCCUGAGACUACUGGUCAAGCAUCGAUCGCCAUCCAGGUGCUCAACUCAGACAAAGUCGGAAAGUGCUGGUCUGUAGCGAUCAGGGCAGGAGGGCAUUCGAACUUCCCCGCUAGCAACACAAACUCAGGUGUGACGAUCGACCUUGUCAAUCUGAACAACCUAAGCAUCGAGAUCAAUGGCACUGUGUCAGUUGGCAGUGGCAAUCGAUGGGGUGAUGUGUAUCGCUUUCUUGAGCCUCAAGGUCUUAUGACCUCCGGAGGUCGUGAGAAUACAGUUGGCGUGAGCGGUCUCCUUCUUGGGGGCGGCUUUUCUUGGUUUUCUGGUCAAGUUGGUUUCGCCGCAGAUAGUGUGGUCGAGUAUGAGGUCGUUCUAGCCAGCGGCAACCUUGUCAGAGCUAGUCAAGACGAGAACUUUGACUUGUUCAAAGCUCUCAAGGGUGGAGCGUGCAACUUUGGCCUCGUCACCAAAUUCGUGCUCGAGACCUUCCCUUCCCGCAACUUCUAUGGCGGUGUCAUGGUCUUCCCGUGGGCACAGAAGAAUGCCAUCAUUCAGACGUUUGUGGAGAUGAUCGACGGCAACACCAACGGGCACCCCGAAGAUACUGGAUUCGCAGCUGCAGCGUGGAGUCCAAGUGGUGGUAAGAGAAUGUCCUUCGUUGUUGCCAACAUUGAGGGUCAAUCCAACUCAACGGCUUUCGCGGGACUCGAAGUUCUGUCUCCCGUGGUCGACAUGCGGGCAAACCUCCCAGUGACCGGCAUUGCUGCCCAAAUCGCAUCGAAGAGCGGCGAGUACCAGGUUUGGAGCACUCUGACUUUUCACAAUACACUUGACAUGGGCCGCGAGGUUCUAUUGUCAUUCGACGCCGUUAUUGAGGAUAUCCAUGACCAGGUCGAGAACGGCGACGACUUCAGAAUCGUCUACCUCCUGACACCGUUUCCCACCCUGUUCUCAAGCUAUGGCGACAAUGUUCUUGGUCUUGACAAAACCCACGAGAAGAACUCUAUUGUUUUCAGCAUUCAAGGAAUUCUCCCUAACACGAAGUAUGUUGGGCUAUUGAGACAAAGGCUGAGAGAAGCGACUGCGGACAUCGAGGCUUAUGCUAGAGCUACUGGCCAACUGAUCCCCUACCUAUAUCUCAACUACGCGGGUCAAGAUCAGAGACCAUUGGCAACGUAUGGUGAAGAAAACAUCCGUUUCCUGAAAAGAAUUGCGGAGAGGUACGAUCCCGGACAGUUCUUUCAGUACGGCGUGCCGGGAGGAUUUAAGAUCAAGGAUGUAUGA